AUGGCUAGUUGUGGCGCUGCAUUACUUCCGAAUGAUUAUUUGAGGAACCUGUGGAUGUCCUUUCUGGUGCCCACUAAUUCCUCCCUCAUCGGAUUGUCGAAAGAUCAACUUCGACACAAACGCGUUUGUGAGAAACACUUCGACAGAUAUCAGUUCGAUGAAGAAGGCAAGAGGCUUAGGCAUUCAUACCCAUGCCUAUUUAAGGAUGACGAAAUAGCGCACGGCGUGCCCCUGUCUUCAAGUGAAACUGUACAAAAUGCUCUGAGUGAUCACAAUAAUUAUCACAAAGUGGAAUCAGAUGAGAAUGAAAAUGUUGCAGAUAAUAAUAUGUUGGUCAUUGGAAGGGCAGGUGAUGAUUAUCAUGAACAUCCAUCAUGCAUUCCAGCUAUUCCAGUUGUUAUGAAAAGACCUACAGAUAACAUUCACACGGGCAGCAGUAGCAGUAUGGCUACUACAGCGGAAGUUGUGGAGUUCUUCGACGAAUUAUUCGAUAGCGUAAAUUGUUAUCCUGGAGGCGCAACAAAAGGGAAAAUGAGAAAAGCAGUAAAAAUAAACUCCCCACACAUUCAGUUUUGGACAGAAGCCAUAAAAAAAUUAAAAGAAAUAAAAUUUGAAGACACAUCCAGUAAAAUAGCUUUACAAUCAGGAAAACCUCGUCUUGUACGGGUGCCAUCUGUAGAUGGUUGGAUUACAACUUUAGAAAGUUUUAUUAGGAUAACUAAAAUAUUAUUUGAAAAGUAUGCUGUAAAAUAUUAUUAUCCUCGAAAUAUUAAUCAAGACCCACUGGAAAAUUUCUUUGGACGUGUGAGGGCUCUGAAUUAUCGUAAUAUUAACCCAGAUGCGAAUACUUUUAUUUAUUCAUUUAAAUCGUUAUUAUUUUCAAAUCUGUUGAGCCCUCAUUCAAAAUUUGCCAACUGUGAAGUGGACAAUGGAGACACAUUGAUAGACACAAAUUUUUUAUUUGAAGAUAAUAAUGACGAAAAUAAGCAAACUUUAAAUUAUGUCUCCACACCAUCCACUUCACAGGAAACUCAAGUUUCAGCAUUCCGUGGGUCAAUCCAAAAUGAAAAUGUAAUUUUGGAAAAAGUAAAAGUCCAAUGCUCUGCCUAUACUGCAGGGUACAUUUGCAGAAAAAUGACCAAAAGUGUUAAUAAUUGUAAAAAUUGCAUGAAGAGCUUUACUAGUAAAUCUACAGAGGAUAAUAUUUAUUCUUACAUGCGCCAAAGAGAAUAUUAUAAACUUUUAAAAAAUAGUAAUUUAGUUUAUCCAAGUUCCAAACUUCUAGUGUUGUACAGGGAAGCAAGUUGUUUAGUACAUAAUUAUUUAAACGAUAACUGUAUCCAAAACGAAAUUGGGGCAAAUUUAAGAGAAAAAAUUCAAGAUUUGGAGUUUUCCUGGUUAGGGUGUCAGAAAACACACAAUAUGUGUUUAAAAAAAAUGUUUUUAACAUAUAUUGUUAGGCUUCAUGUCCAUAACUGGAGCAAUAUUAUAAAUAAAAUUUUAAAGGGAGCUAUAGAGGAGAGAUAUGUGCAAAAAAUGGCAGGAAUCCAUAAAAUUGCUUUUAUGAAAUAUAAAACAAAUAAAUUAAGAAAAAGGGCAUUAAAUAAAUAAACAUUGAAAACGAAA